UUUAUUACUCAGUAUUGGAUUUUUUUAAUUCAAAGACAUCUGGAUAUUGAGUGAGUGUAAAUAUACAAAAUGUUUGGUUAUAGCAUGAAACACAUUUUGCAUUCUUGUGUACUUUUGACAAUAUUAAUAGGAGCACUCAAAGUGCGAAUAUCUCGUUAUUUAAGUGGAAAUGACAACAUUGAUUAUUCUACCUUCACAAUAUUACUAAAUUGUAUUAAAUUGGCGACAUUGAUCUCACUGCCUCAUAUGUUAUUUAAUUUUCUCGGCCUCAUAAUGUACGAUGCGUUUCCGGGUAAGGUUAAGUUAAAGGGCUCGCCAUUGUUGGCGCCAUUUAUAAACAUACGGGUAGUGACCCGCGGGGAUUAUCCGCAGUUGGUUAAAACGAGCGUGAAGCGCAACUUGAAAACGUGCAUAGACGCGGGAUUGAAGAACUUCCAGAUAGAAGUCGUCACUGGCAAGCCGAUUGGAUUGAUGUCACACAGAAGAAUCCGGGAGCUGGUGGUUCCGAGCGAGUACCAGACCAAGACCGGGGCCUUGUUCAAAGCACGCAAACUACAGUACUGCCUUGAGGACGGGGUCAACAAGCUGGCUGACCAUGACUGGAUCGUCCAUCUUGAUGAAGAAACUCUUCUCACAGAGAACUCGAUCCACGGGAUCCUCAACUUCGUCCACGAUGGCAAGCAUCUUUUUGGCCAGGGCCUCAACACUCACCCGAGUGAGAACGUCGUCAACUGGAUCACUGCCGUGGCUGACAGCUUCAGAGUCGCUGAAGACAUGGGUAAGCUCAGGUUCCAGUUCCGUAUGUUCCACAGGCCGCUUUUUAAUAUAAAGGGUUCCUUCCUCGUCGCCCAGGCUGGUGCCGAGAAACAUGUAUCCUUUGACAACGGACUUGAUGGUUCCAUAGCUGAGGACUGUUUGUUCGCACUGAAGGCUGACAGCCUCGGGUACACCUUUGACUUCAUCGAAGGCGAAAUGUGGGAAAUGUCUGUAUUCACAAUAUCUGACUUCAUCCGACAGCGUACGCGUUGGAACCAUGGUCUCUACUUAGUCAUAACCUCCGAUCUCAUCCCCUUAAAAAAUAAAAUAUGCGUCGCCUCUAUGUGGUGCUCAUUGCAAUUAUUACCUUUCUCAAUUACUUGUAGCUUACUGUCCUUUAUAAUUAACCUAGAAUACCACAUCCUCAUCGAUUUGCUCGGUAUUUUUAUCAGCAUCGUCACUAUUUAUAGGUACAUCUACGGAUCCCUUCAAUCAUUUUCAUUCGAAAAUUACAGUACAUUUUCAUCAGUUAUGAUGAGAGUUUUACUCAUAUUUUCACCAUUAACAGUACUUUUAGAAUGUAUUGCCUUAGUGUAUGCUUUUUUUGACCGUAAUUAUUAUGAAUUUUAUGUAGUUAAUAAAGAGCAACCAGUAGUUGACCAUAAAGAUUGAUGUAUAUUGAAUAUACUCGUCGAAUAAACGAUUUAUUAUUUUAUGUUUCCGAUUUAUUUUCAACUAUGUCACUAAUUUCUUCGCCAGAACGCUUGCUAUUGGGUCGUAGUUUAGUUUUGAUGCCGUUUUAUUACCUAAUAAAACUUUUUAGCUUCAUCGAAAAAAUCCAAA